GUUGACCUGUGCACAGGGGGAGUACUCGUAGUCGUAUAUCGGGUCGUUGAAUUAUUUAAUCCCUGUUUAGAUAUUCAACACAUCCGUGCUAGGUUUAAGGUUAAAUGUGUUAACGUGAUUUCAGUCAAAUGGCCAACCAUGAUGAGAGUUACAGAUAUGUUGAUUUGAAUGAAGCCAGGUCAUUUAUAGAAAGAUGCAUGCAAUCUGUUGGUACAAAACCUAGCCAUGCUGCUGCAUUGGCCGAAGUAUUGGUAAAAGCUGACUAUAGAGGGCACUAUAGUCAUGGAAUAAAUAGAUUAGAUGUUUACCUGGAUGACAUUAAAAAGAAAACCACUGUGAGUGAUACAGAGCCGUCUAUAGUCAAAGAGAAUGUAGCAACAGGUUACGUAGAUGGUUGUAAUUUGCUGGGACCCGUGGUUGGUAAAUUCUGUAUGGAGUUAGCCAUUAAGAAAGCUAAAGAAGCUGGUAUUGGAUGGGUUGUAGCAAAUGCUCCAGCCAAGGAUGGGGAUAGUUUUGUACUGGAUAUGGCAACCUCUGCAGUAGCUUUAGGGAAGGUUGAAAUAGCAGAUAGGGCAGAGACGAGCAUACCUCAAGGAUGGGGUGUAGACUCCACAGGACAGAUCACCACAGAUUCAAAGUCUGUUUUACAGGGAGGAGGGCUAUUACCACUCGGUGGCAGUGAGGAAACUUCAGGUUAUAAGGGUUAUGGUCUUGCUAUGAUGGUAGAAAUGUUUUGUGGUAUUUUAGGAAAUGGUGAUUUUGGUCCAAAUAUUAGAAGGUGGAAGGAUGCUGACAGAGUAGCAAAUUUAGGUCAGUGUUUUGUUGCCAUUGAUCCAGAAUCCUUUGCACCAGGAUUUACAGAUAGAAUGCAAUCGUUAAUUGAUAUUUGUAGAGGCCAACAACCGGCUGAAGGUGAAAGUGAAGUACUCAUCGCAGGGGAUCCAGAGAGAAUUCACAUGAAAAAAGUUGAUCGUGAUGGCGGAUUAAGAUAUCAUAUUAAUCUUAUUAAUGCUUUAGAUAAGAUAGCUGUUGAACUUGGUGUUACUAAACUGAAGACACUGUAGAAAAUUAAAGUGCAGUUACAAUGUUUUUAUACAUCUAAAGAUGUACAUGUACAGUGUGAAAAUGAAGGUAUCUAAAUAUCUCCCGAAAUGGUUGUUAAUCCUACAAGGAUUUAAAAUGUGAAGUUAUGCAAGUCGUGUGUGAAUGACUACAAUGUGCAUAUCUAUAUGCAAAUGUAUUUUUAUACGGGGCAAUUAACAUAGUGAACACUGUAAGUGUCAUUGUUUAUACUAAUUGUAAUUAUUUCUAAAUCAAAAUAAUAAACAUAACAUUAUAUACAUAAAA